CAUCGAGCCCUGACCCCCAAAGGUAAAGUCUUCUUCUCAACGAGAAUCUAUGUAUUCCUGUUGAUAACUUUGGAUGUGAUAACAAAUUCUAAAUUCUGAUUGCUGAUUCAACUUCAGCAGAGUCAAAUACAGGUUUGUGCUAGGGGAGAUCGUCCUGCAUUCUUGAAGAUGCAACGUUGGAACGCCUUCAUGUUCGAGUAUUCCUACCUGGCGCAAGGCCCCUCCUUCUUUGGACGUACCUACUCGUACAUGAUGUGUGCGGUAUGUAAAUUCAAUUUGGAGGGUUCCGGAGCGAGAGAACACUGACAAUAGUGUUCAUAUGUAUAUUGUGUUAAUAUUUGCUUAGUUUGUCUUCGUAAUGAUUCGAACGUUAAAUGCAAGAUAACACAUUUGCCGCAUAACAAACUAACAGAAUUGAGUCUUCAAAAUGCGAUCGUGCAUAUUACGAGUACUCUUGUUCAUAGCACUACUUUCCUGUAAGGUGCAAGGAAAGACCCAAUUAUUAUUUGCAAAUAUUACAGAAACGGGAAAAAAUGCCAAAGUUCGUGCAACGUGUGUCAGUGAUGAUUACAACGACGCAAUCACGUGGAUUACUCUUACUCCCGCCGAAUUUAUUAAACCAGUCACCGGUAAUGAGUCUUCACUAUAUAUUGAAUUCAUUUGGAGAAAUUAUGGGUGGGACGAAGAAGUAGCAUUCAAUGCAACGUUUGGUCCAGUAAUGGAUUAUACAUGGGAAAUUUUCCCAAUUGUUAUGACUAAAUCGGCGCUACUUACACAAAAUUAUAAAUUUGAAAAAUUAGCCGACAUUAAUAUCAGAAAUCAUUUUGAGAUCAAUUUUUCGUUUUUGGGAAAAUCGAGCGCACAAAUUUAUUUAUGCUCAAAUCACCUAAUAAAAAGGGGAGAAUGCAUUAUUUUUAUUGUCGGUGGGUGGAAUGGAGAAGGAAGUGUUAUCAGACGGUGUAAGGAAGGAGCAUCACCUAUAAACUCCGAAAAUAGGCUGAAAGGAUGCGAAAAUGUUGUUAAUAAGAUUGAUCAUAAACCAUUAUUUUCUAUUGAUGCAUGGAGUCAAAUUUCUAUUCGAUAUGUAAAUCAACAGUUAGAAAUAAUAAUCAAUGAUGAACGAUUAUUAUCAUAUCAGGCAGAAAAUGAAAAUGAAUUUAACAAUUUUACAAAAUUAUUCAUACAUUCAAAUACCGAAAGUGCACUGUGGAAAUAUCAUGAAUAUUCAUAUUAUGAAGCUCGUAAACCAUUCUUUAAUUUUAUUAAUAGUAAUUGGUUUUUUAUGGAUUCUAGCCACUUGUGUAUUUCGUUUUUUGCAAAGUUCACUGAAGACAUAACAUUACAACUCUAUGAUGUGUCGCAUGAGCUCAUCAAAACGGAAUACUAUAAGAGUGAUCCGAACACACAAUGGAAUUAUAAAACAUUUGAUUCAGACGUGUAUGAAGAUGCUGAAUAUUAUUUACGCAUUUCGUUUAAUCCUAAUGAUAAGAUAGCAAUUCGAAACAAUGUUAAUCAUUUAGACUGCAAUGGAAACAAAACGAACAAUUUCCAUUUUUCAUCAUUAGAAUACAACUUUGAUUCAGCAAAUAAUAUUAAAUGUUCUUCUCUUCGACACAAAACAACUCAAUUUAAAAUUUCAUUGCCAUACCAGAGUACUGAUGUUUUCACGAGUGAUAAUCAGAAUCAAUGUAAUAUAUGUUCUGAAUUCUACAACACUACAGAAUGUCCAUACAGAAUAACGUGUAAUGAGGAAUUAUGUUACUGUUCACCAGGGCACACUGGAAAAUAUUGUGAAGAAAAUUGUGGAAGAGGAAAAUAUGGUUGCAAUUGUGCAUCUGAAUGUGCAAAUUGUAAUUCAAACUUUUGCAAUCCUGUAAAUGGUGAAUGUUACUUUGGUUGUAAUGAUUUAAAAUAUAUUGGACCUUUCUGCAACGAAACAAAUCUGCUGGUGUUAACUGGUAUUGCAUCCACUCACACUGAUUGUAUCACAAAUUGCACAAUUACAAUUUACGAUAAAGGAGUAAAAUAUGAUGGUGCACGCGAACCAAAAUAUUAUUACACUCGUUUAUUUCAACCAAAUGGAACUGUCACAGAAGGAGAAUUAACACCAAUUAAAGUCAAUGUUAUUAAUUUUACUAAUUUGACUAAAGAAAGUAAUUAUAACUAUCAGAUAGUUUUGUGUUCGUCUGAUACAAGAUCUGAGUGUUAUAUUAAUGAUUUGACAACAUUUGAAUUUGAAACAACAUGUGAAGAAUUACACAAAGAUCAAAUUCAAAUUCAUAGUAUCCACAAGAGUACGACAAUAAAUGUGACAUCUUACAAUUCCAACACAAAUUGUCUCUUAGAUGAGUAUUACAUAUUAAUUCUUGAUGAAGCUAACAAUACAGUACAGUACUCUAAACAAUUCGAACUUAGUAACACCAUAUCAUCAUUGAAGGUAUUUACUAAUUAUACGCUUCAAUUGACCAGAAACAAGACAAUAAUACAUGAUAUUGUGUUUACCACAGAUGAAUCAGUUCUUAAAACAGUUAGAAAUUUAACAGCAAAUUCUUCAUCACCUACAAAAUUAACUGUUGUCUGGACAGCACCAAUACCUGUUUUGGGAAUCAUCACCAAUUAUGUCGUCACAUGGAUGUUGCUUGAUAAACGCGAUUGUGUAAUUGACACAAAAAAAUUUAAAUAUCCACUCUAAAAAUGUGACAACCACUACAAUUGAAUUAGAUAAUCUUAAACCAUAUUCAAUUUAUAAUAUAACAGUUUCAGCAGUUACUAAGAAGGGUGAAGGUGAUAUUCACAGUAUUUUAGGAUACAUAGAUGCAACUGAAACAGUUAAUUUAAACACGUUUAAUCCGAAAAUUACCACUUUAGACAUUUCGAUACAAAUUAGUUUAGAUGUUGAUUGUGAAAAUUGGAAUGGUCCUAUUUAUCUGAAUGCAUACGCAAUUUGCAAGAGUAAAUGGUGUGAAGGAGAAGAGAUGAAUAGGACUAAACACAUGCAAUAUAAUGACUUAAUUACACUUGACAGUUUACUUCCAUAUACUAAUUAUAAAUUAGAAGUAUGCAUACAUCGUAAUCAAACAGAUACAUGUUAUUAUGAUAAUAAGUUAUUAUCUUCAUUUGUGAGGACACAAUCCAGUGUUCCAAAUCAAAUUCCAUUUGCAGAAGUAUAUAGCUUAUCUGAAACAAGUUUAUCACUGAGAUGGAGUCCACCUUAUCCACCAACUGGAAUACUGGAUUCAUUUCUAAUAAAAUAUCAUUACAUUUCAGAAAAGCACAACACGUCACAAACCGUUAAUAAUUAUUUGAGUCCAUGCAAAAUAUGGCCAAAUAUGUAUUGCACUACAUUAACUAAUCUUACAACAAACAAAAAUUACAUAAUAUCAAUUUCUGGGCAUAAUGAGAACAUAUCAAAAUAUGGAUUGGAAACAAUAGUCAACGAGAUAACGACAUUAAAAGUGCCUGAGCCACCAUUAAAUCUUCAAGCAUUCUGGGAUACAUCACAAAUUCUGCAUUUGCAAUGGCAACAUCCAAAUAAAACAAAUGGACCAUUCUUAGGAUUUCAAAUAAAAAUAAAUGGAAUUGUUUAUCACUACAACAAACCCGAAAACUUUACAUACACUUAUAACACAUCCUUCCAAUGUAAAGCAAAUAAUCACCUAGCAGUUAUCAGCAUACAAACAGUCAAUAGUCUGUGUAAUUCAACAUUUUUGACUGAUCAAUUUAAAUGUCCUGUUCUUUACGCUUCAUUAUCAUCAAACCUGUGGAUAACCAACGUUGACACCAAUUCUAUAACUAUUUGGAUCUCCUCUAUUGAAAACGCAGAAGAAAAUAGUAAUUUGUACGUUAUUCUACUUACCACAUAUUUGAAUAAUGCAGGUGAUUGUGAAAGACGUAUUGGGCGUUCAUCAAUUUCCAGUAUACCUUUACAAAAGGAUCAAAUCUGUUGGGUUAUUAAACAUUACAAACAAAUUGAAUACAAAGAAAUAGAAGGUAGAGAAAUUACAUUGAGCUUUCCCCAAAUGCCGGAAUUUAAUUUUGAUAUUGAAAAGUAUAAAGUAGGCAUGUUAAUUGUUAAUGAAUAUGCUGGUCAAGUAUCAAAUAAUUGGUUUAAAUCAGAAAACUACAUAAAACAGCAUAGUGAUAAUAAAAGCUUAUCAAUAUGGCAAUGUUUGUUAAUAUGUGUGGCGUGUUUCUUAAUAGUUUUACUACUGCUUGGAUUUGGAAUAAUUUUCAGAAAACGAAAAUUUUAUUCUCGAGUAUUAAGCAUAACAGAAAUGAAUGACAUUGUAGACUGAUUUAUAACAUGUUGGUAUUGAUGAUAUGCGUGUGGGGAACUACUCGUAUUGCUGCAGUAGAAAUACUAUCGUUCUUAUGCAUCAGGUACGAGUAUACUGGUCAAAUCCAUAAUGCACUACAAUGGAUGCUUUGAGUAACGACGCUCAAUGGACUUGGUAUUUGAUAUCGUC